AUGGAAACUAUUAUACUUGCCCUGACGUUUAUACUCAUAUGCCUUCAAUCUCGAUUGAUUCCUCGAAGUUUAAUUCUUUCUGAGGUUCACUGCUUCAGUUCAAGUACCAAGACAAAAGAAGACCCAGAAGGCGUUUCUGUAUUGAAGCCAAAUCAGCAGCACUACUGUCUCAAGUUCUCAAUUUUGGUCGUUCGUUUGGCUUUCAUGAACCGGGAAGAGAGAAAACGCAGGUUCAAUGAGGCCAUCGUUGAAAUGCUCUUUCCACCUCCGCCUAAAGAUGAAUCUCCUGCAUCCCCACCAGAGGAAGAGGCGAAUCCUGUGCAGGCUUCGAUCGAAGGUUUUGGUUCUGAUGCUCUUCCAGAUACUUUGGAUGUUUAUGAGAAUGCAUCUACAAGUACCGAGGAAGAACAGGAAUCUGACUCGCCAAAGCUAACCAGGGCUCAACGGAAGAAAAUCCGUAAAAGGAAGCUCAAGGAAGAAGCCCUCCGUCGCGGAAAACUAAUCGGGCCGUUGUUACCCACCGAUCAACAUGCGGAUCACCCUCCAGCUGUUCGAUCAAAUGCCUCUGAGAGUCAGGAAAAUUGUGGACCAGACAAGCCAGGCCCUCAAACCUCGAAGAAAGUAAAUCAGCGAAGGAAAGCAAAAAGAAUGGCGAAGGUGAAGCAAAACUCCUCUGAUGCUGAAAAUCUCAAUCGACACUCUGCUUCAGAACCUUCUGUUGACCUGAAAGAAGACCAUUAGCUUCUGAUUUCGAAGGAUGAUGACUCCUGUUGAAUUUUGCCGUUGUAAACGAUAAGUACUUGACCAGUGCAGUAAAUAUUACUUAUCUGAGAUGGUAGCUUAUGUGGUUUGAGUUCGUGAGAAAAAUGCUUCAGAGUUGCAUUGUAAUUUGUUACUUAUUAGAGGAUCUUACGAAGCAACAGAAACCUGGUAACUGAUAUGAGUACUGUAAUAUUAAACGGAAGGAAUUUCAAUUUUGACGAUAAGAUUUAGACAUACAAAGUACAAACACAUGAGCAGCUACGAAAUAAAUCAGCUUGUUAUUGUUUGACACAA